GAGAAAAAUGGCGUGUGUUCGGGCGGAGGAUGGCACUCAUCCGCUCCACACCAUCUUUAAUAAGAAUUAAUGGAUUUUUUUUCCCUGUCUAAUUUGCUCUCUUGUCGCAAGGUUAAGAAAUCAAAAGAAGAGGGGGGGCGGCUCUCGUUACCCUUGUUCCAAAUCCUAGUUCUAUUCUCUUUCUUUUGGUUCUUCGAGAUCUUUGAUCCAAAUCAUUAUAGUUAGUAUAGAGAUAAAAAAGGUGAGAUGUGCCCGUUGAGGCUGGUGCUGAUCUUUCUCUCGGCGACGCUGGCCGGGUUCUUCGUUUUGAGAGGCCUCAAGUCCCAGCCGGAAGACCACCGUGAGGACCUAGAGCUUUCCCCCAAAGAAACUGUCCCUCUUUCUGCCAAGGUUCGGGCGGCGAUCUGCACGGGAUUCUGGACUUGCGUGGAUAUGGCGAGCGGGCGCUACAUGUGGAGGGCCUUCAUCUCCCCAACUUCUGCUCCUGAAAAGAAGCAGAGCUGAUCCAGUAGGAAGAUGUUCUUCUUCCCAUCUUCUUUCUGUUGUAAUAAUUGGUCAUUUAUAUAUAUAUAUAUAUAUAUAUAUA